ACUGGAAUCCUCUUCAUCUUUUAAUUUUUUUUAAUUAUAUUUUAUUAUAAAAACUUUUUAUUUUCCUUUUUCUCAUUAUUAGACUCUUCUAGAUUUCUGUCUUAUCACUCUUCUUAUUAUAGAUUCUUUGUUUUUGCUAGUAAUGAUACCAAUCUUGUUGUUAUACUAGUUACUUUUCGUUUGGUUUUCGUUCUGAAGUUUAUAUCUUUAAAAGGAAAAAGAAAAAAUACUCAUUUUCAGCCAAAAGCCUUGAACCCCAUUACACAAUAUUAUGAUUUGCCAAUUGGGUUCGUGUGAAAAUCCAUGGAGGAUAACGAAUAUCACUCCCCAGAUCUUGAAGAGACCUCCAUUGAAGAAAUCUCUCUUGUACUCAAAACCAGUCCUUUGUUUUCAUCCCCAGAACCCAUAUACGAUAAACAGAGCAAUAAAACGCAGAACCCACCUGGUAAAUCCCACCUUCUCAUUCAAGACCAAGGUUUUUCACGAGAAAAACGAACAGAGAAGUGGGGCUCUGGUCGGUGGCCCUGAGAUGUUGGAUUUGUGUGGACUUGGGUAUUGGGUUCAGGGCUUUAGAUGUUUUCCAUGGCUGGCUUUGAAUUUCCACAUGACUCACAAUCUCAACUUGCAUCCCUCCAUUCUGCAGCUCGUUCAGAACUCCGGUAACCUUCCCAUGGUGGCCAAGCCUUUAUAUGGGAUCUUAUCUGAUGCUUUUUACAUCAAUGGCGCUCGUAGAAUACCUUAUAUAUCUAUAGGAGUUGUUUUGCAGAUUUUGUCUUGGGGGUCCCUUGCAUUGAUCCCAGUUGCUGGUCAAUCCCUUCUCACCGUUAUGACAAUUGUUCUUUUCAGUAAUUUUGGAGCAUCUAUCGCAGAAGUUGCCAAGGAUGCUCUUGUUGCCGAGUAUGGUCAAAAACACAAUUUGAAUGGUCUCCAAUCUUAUGCUUUGAUGGCUUCAGCUGCUGGUGGAAUCCUUGGCAACUUACUAGGUGGAUUUUUCUUAAUGAAGGCACCACCUAGAACCAUGUUUCUUCUUUUCACAGUUUUGCUUUCCAUUCAAUUUGGGCUUUCCUUAAGAACAAGUGAGGAAUCUCUAGGCUUAGGGAAAUUGCCGGAUAACAGACUUGUGGAAAAAUCAAUUCUAGAAAGCUUUGGAACACAGUUUUCUGAGUUAAGAAUGGCCAUCAGCGAUGAGAGCGUAUACCGCCCUCUCGUAUGGAUUAUAGCUUCUAUUGUUUUGGUUCCAAGCCUGUCAGGAUCCAUCUUUUGCUACCAAACACAAUGUCUAAAUCUUGACCCUUCAAUCAUUGGCUUGUCAAGAGUAGUUGGUCAGUUAAUGCUUCUCUCCAUGACUAUUCUUUAUAACCGAUACUGGAGACAAGUUCCCAUGAGGAAUUUGGUUAGUGCAGUUCAGAUUGCUUAUGCUGGUUCUGUUCUUCUUGACCUUAUUUUGAUGAAACAGAUUAAUCUCAAGCUGGGAAUUCCAAACGACAUCUUUGCUCUUAUUUUCUCUGGAUUGUCCGAAACUAUUGCACAAUUCAAGUUGUUACCUUUCUUAGUUCUAUUUGCUAGUUCAUGUCCUCCAGGUUGUGAAGGGUCUCUCACUUCAUUCUUGGCAUCAGCUCUGUGCUUGUCAUCAAUAACAAGUGGUUGUUUGGGCAUUGGAUUGGCUCUUGUGCUUGGAAUAACAUUAGGUGAUUAUUCAAGGCUGCCUUUGGGAAUAGCAGUACAGUUCAUUGCAGCUAUGGUUCCUUUGUUAUGGAGUCACCAUUUACCUAUGUCACAAGGAUCUGCCAGGGAGAAGAAGAAAGGCAUGAGUAAAAGAACUCGGCGAAUCAGAAGGAUUGGAAGAGUUGUUCUUGGAUCAAUCUAUGUUUACCGACGGGAAAGAGAAUCUGAGAUGCAGAGUUGAAGAGAAGAAGCUAGGCUAUAGCUAGCUUGUUCAACAGGUAACUUUCUUCUAGAGUUUCUUCAAGGAUGAUGGAGAAGAGGAAAGUGGAAGUCUUUGAGAUGAGGCUUAGGAAAUUUUCCAACAUUAACUUGAGCUGAUGAGUCACACAAGGCCCUCCCUCCCAUUUCUCCAGACUGACUUUAAGAUGAAGUAUUUGUAUGAGGUGAGGUCAAUGAUUCAUCCUUGUAAAAAUGAUUUUGAUCUGAAAGAGUGUAAUUAAUCCUUUGCAAGAAAAUUUCGGCUCAGUUGCACUGUAAAUAUCAUGAAAUUUGAGAGCAUUGAAUUUGAAUAUCUAAAAAUUGUGUCAUAAUAACCAGGUAGUGUGUGCG